GAGGGCGUGGUUUCGGACGGGCGCCCCGACCCUCCCUUCUCAGCGGCGAGCUGCUUUAGAGCCUCCUCGGCGCCGAGAUUCAUUCAAAGGGAGGGGAGGGCAGUUUGAAAGCGGGCAAAUAAGGCGCCUCCCUGUUUCCCUCGCGGACGUCACAUGAACAAGGAGGGGACGCGCGCUCGAUAGGGUCCGGCAACCGAGGGAGGGCGGAGAGGGAGAAGCCGGACUCAGGCGAUGCUGUCGGGCGUCUCGUGGCAGCGACGAUGCCAUGGCGGGCCAAGCGAAGGAGUCGGGAGGGGAUCCCGCGCUGAAGGCUAGCGGUCGGGAUCGACAGGAGGGGCGCCGCCGCCGCCGCCAACGGUCUGUGGGCGCCUAUGGCCGCGCCGGGGGAGCUGGACCGGGACACGGUGCUCCGGUUUUUGGCAGAGCGCGGAGGCCGGGCUCGCAACGCCGACCUGUUGGACCAUUUCCGUGGCUUCCUCGCUUCGCCGGACCCCGAGAGGCGCGCCCGGGCCCGCGAGCACUUUAAGGAUCUGGUCAACGCCGUGGCCACGGUGCGGCAGGAGCCCGGCUCAGGGACCAAGUAUGUGCAGUUGCGCAAGAAAUACCGCGGCAGUGCCGGCGGUCGGAAAUCCGAAGCGGCGGCGGCGGCGGCCCCUCCGGCCGAGAACGGCUCCGGGACCGUCGGGCAUCCCGAGGACACGCCGCGCCCCCCUGGUGCUCCUGGCGGCGAAGGGGACAGCCGGGAUGGAGGGGAGGCCCUGGAAGAGGAAGCCGGCGCCGAACCGCUGAAGGGAGAGAAGGCGGCGAGAGGGGAUCCCUCUGCAGCUUCUGGAGAGCUGCCGUCCGAGGAGGGCGACGCCGCUGCCGCCUCGGAAGCACCGCCGGAGGCGCUUCCGUCCCGAAUCACCCAGGCACCUCUGGCGAGCCCAGAGAGCCCGGGAGAAGGAGGAGGCGGCGGCGGCCGAGAGGCAGAGCAGAGCAGCCCGCGGCCCCUGGAGGCGGUGGCGACGCCCUCGGGCGAUGCCGAGCCUGAGGAGAAGCCCGGCGGGGACGCCGUUGAGGCCCAGCUCGAAGAAGACUCGCCGCCCUCCACGAGCCCGGCUGUGGGCGCCUCGGCGGGCGGAGCCUCUACCGGCGCCAACACACCCAGGUGUGGGCAAAAGAUCUUCCGGGAACGGAUGCUGGGCAGUUCCCCUCAGCAGAAGCGCGGGGGGGGCCUGCACCGCGGAGGGAGCCGCGGCGGCGGCGGCGGCGGGGGGGAUUCGGACAGCGCCUCCCUGGCGUCUUCGUCGGCCGAGGACGAGAGUGGCAGCGGCGAGGGCUCGGGGGCCUUGGAUCCGCUGGAGCACGCGUGGAUGCUGUGCGCUUCGGACGGGCGCUGGGAAAGCCUGGAGAGUUUACUGAGCUGCGAGCCGGCGCUGUUGCCCAAGCGCGAUUUCAUCACGGGCUUCACUUGCCUGCACUGGGCGGCCAAGCUGGGCCAUCCCGAAGUGCUGGCAAGGCUGGUCAAUUUCGCCCACCGGCAAUGCCUGCCCAUCAACAUUAACGCGCGCACCAGCGGCGGCUACACCGCGCUGCACCUGGCCGCCAUGCACGGCCACUUGGAAGUGGUGAAGCUGCUGGUGGGCGCCUACGACGCCGACGUGGAUAUUCGGGAUUACAGCGGCCACAAGGCCUCGCACUACCUGAGCCGGGGCACCGCCGAAGAGGUACGCAGCCUCGUCGGGGCUCUGCAGGAGGAGGCCGACAGCGGGGCAUCGAACGGCAGCAGCCGCUGGAGGCUUUCCAGGGUGCUCCCCUCUAACCUCAUUACUUACAAGCUUUCUCACCACCACCACCACCAUCAUGGGGAUGAAAGGGAAUCGGCGGAGGGGGCUGCUGCACCCAACAAGAGCAAAGAGCUCAGUAGGAAAAUCUCCGGCAGUGGUAGGAUAAAACCCCGCCUCAACAAAAUCCGGUUCCAUACGCAAAUCAUCCAUACUACCCCUUCUUUCAAGGGGGAUGCAGAGGAGGAGGAGGAGGAGGAAAAGUCCCUGAAAGCCUCUUUCAAGCUCAGACCUAAAUCCAACAUAUUUGGUUAAUAGGACAGAUGUGUCCCUUGUUAGGAUUGGUUUUAAAACCAACCCUUAAGGCGAUACCUUUAGUUUCUAAGCAGGCUUAAAUAGAAUUAAUGGAAGCUUUUAGGUUACAUAUGUUUUAGAGCUUCAUAAUUCAGUGGUUAAUGGAACCAAAGCUUAAAACAUUUUAAAAAAAUAAAAUUGUUUUUUUUUUAAAAGCAGUGAUCCAGUUUUAUAUUGGCUAUGUAGUAAGAUCUGUUUCUCCAGUGUAGAUAAUAUCUAUUGAAACAGUAAAUGUGUGGGCUCCAUCUAAUUAAACUCAUGAUAUAGAGGUUUGCAAGGUAGAAAACCAGUCCAUGUACUUGUUAAAAUUCAUGACACAGAAAUCUAUGUUGGGGAGAAGAUAACACAUUAACUUCAUGAUUUUUAUUUUUGUCAGAAGUAUUCAACAUAACUUAUUUUUUUAAAAGCCAAAUGAAAUAUUUUCUACGCAUUUGCAGUAGAAGGCAUUUAGGUUUUGCAGUUGGUGAACAGGCAAGUGUGAUUGUCUUGCUGAUUGCCAUGCAAGGCAAUUUCCAGGAUACCCUAGUCAGAUUCCAGUUGAACCAGGUUAUUAAAACUGCUUAGGGAGUAUAUGUGCAGGAAGAAAUGGCACCUGGGGACAGUUAACCAUUCUUACUGUCCUUUCCAAGUAUUCUCUGUCACCUCUCAUGCAUAUUAGCAUGGCAAGGUAACCUGUGCUGCCAUGCUUUUUUGCCGGAAUAGACAUGAAUUAAGAGACAUAUAUUGGGAAACCCAUAUAAAAUGUUACGUGACAACUGGUAUAGGCUGUAUUAAUUACCCAGAAUCUAAACUUGACAGGAAUUGUGCCAUUGACUUAUAGAAUACCCAUUGAACCUAAUUUGUAAAGUUUUCUAAUGGUACUUUUGAGCUCUGACCUUUGACUAUGUUUAUUUACUGAGUGCAAUGCCUUUGGGAAUGUGGUACUAACAGAUAAAGUUAACUUGGUUUUGUUGUGAGACAACAUUGGUCAACUUUUGUCCUAUGCCUGAAAACUAUUUAAUUUAAAAAAUAAUUUAAACAUUCCACUUGAAUGGUUACAGUAGAGCAAUGGUAAUGAGCAUGUAGCACAACUUUCUUUUUAUGUGGUCAUUUCUAUAAACAAUAUAGUCAUUUGGAUAAGCUGUCUUGACUAUUAGCUCUAGUGUUUAGCCAUUAAUUUGCUCAAUAUGAAAUAGGAAUUUAGAAUUUAAGAAAAAUCUUAAAACCUUAAGUAGUUUUCUUAGCAUUCUGGAACAGUGCUGAUUCAGAGAUAGGGAGACAAUGGAAGACUGUCUAGUGUAGUUUAAUGCCAAUAAAUAUAGUGCUUAGCUUAUAAAUAUGUACAUAAGUAUUUCUACAGAUAAAUUCGAACAGCUCCACAAGAAUCCAUAUUUGUAUAACUGGAAGUGAAAUGUAAAUGAUUUAUUGAUUGCUUAUCUAAUCUGAUAUAUAAGGUACAGAAAUAAAAAAACACGUGAUUCAUUUGCUGAUGCAUGUUACACGAUAUUAGAGACUCUUUCAUUACUUACAUUUUGCUUUACAAUUCGUUUUUUUAAAAAGUGAACAAACCUGUGAUUUUUAAAAAGCACAGAAUUCUUUACAGUGUGAAAAGUAAACUCAUUUUUUACCUUAGUAGUAAUAGUGCCUGGAAAGUUAGUAAUAUUUUUAAAAAUAUUUGUUCCAAAUGUAGUGAUUUUUAUUAAAUGUGUACUAGCACUUUUUCUUCAAAGAAUAUCUGGGCUGGUCCUCAGAUGCUGCUUAUGUAUCUAACAAUUCAAUGCUGCCAAAUAAAACUAGCUAACACAUGUUUCCAAAUUAGUUUUUGAAUAUUUUGGAAAUGAUAGUUUUAUACUGAUUUAAAGGCAGAUUGCAAUUCUAAAACAAUAGUUAUACCACUGUUUUUCUUAAAGAUAUUACAGUAAUAUCACAAUUACCAUAAAUUGAAAAAUGAUAUUAAAAAUAAAAGUAUAUAUGUCCCUUCUGUCAUUACAGCUAUCUUUUCGGACGUUAAUUGUAAUCUAAUGAUCAUGUAUUGGUAAUUUAACUUUAAUUGUUUUAAUUUUUUCAGCACUGUAGGCAGCUAUCUAUACCCAACUAAUGUAUAAAGCAUAAUUUCUACCUAGAAAGUGGAAAAAAUUAUUAAUGUUUUUUAUACUCUUGUCAGAAAUAUGAGAAAAGUUUGACAAAAGUCAUAAUGAUAUCCUUAUUGAGAUAUAUAACAGGGUCUAAAAACUGCUGAAAAAAAACUAAAUUGCAAAGAACUGCUCACUAUACAACUGUUAUACUACUUUGGUACUUUUUUAUGCACACAAGUAAAACAAAUGCAAAUUUGUUUUCAAUUUUAGUUUAUAAGCUAUAAUUACAUGUGCCUUUGUUAACCAUUGCAAACUAUGAAGAAAAGAGUUUAUUGAGGAUUUUUCUUAUUUCAGUAGAUUGAAGGCCACUGGUGUCUUACCAACAUACUACUUGUAGCAAAAUAAAUAUUCUAAAGUGUCAUUCUGCAUUAUAGCACUAAAGGUUUUAUAACUUUAGCAAAGAUUAUGUAAAAGUUAAAAAUUCUGUGGUACAGAAUAGUGUCUGAAGUCCGAUAUUAUUACAAAUCUUACUAGAAGAAUAUGAAAUAAUUUCAGCUUCAUUGUAUGAUAUUUCAAAGACCAGGAUACUCUACUCCCUCCAUCCUUUCUAAAGUGUUUACUCUGUAACAUAUUUAAAUUGUUCUCUCAUAUUUAUAGCUGAGGUUGUAUUUUUGUAGAUGUGUAUUUAAACGUUCAUCUGAAAUUUAGGCCUACACAAUCCAUCUGAGAAUCACAGAAAAUAUUUUGAAUGUAUUCCUCAAACAACUGAAACUUGUUAUCACUGUAGCAAUUUCAGAAAUUUUAGGCACUCUUUCCUAUGUCACAAACUAGUAACAGAAAUGCAAGAAUUUGUAAAUAUUAUUUGGCAUUGGAGCACAAUGUAAAAUUUUGAAAACUUACAGGAGGUGUAAUACUUUGAUUCUAAAUACUAAAAACCAGUGUCUUGUGUAUAGAUUGCAUUUUCACAACUACAGGUAGAUGUACAUGAGAAAUUAAGGUCUGCAAAUUGUAGAAGUAUAUGAAAAAUAAAUUUUGAUAAUACAAA